AUGCGAGCGGCCAGGCGAGCGGCCAAUCGAGAGGCAGUGCGAGCGGCAAGACUAGCGGCCAGGCGAGCCGGCACUGAGAGCCGGCGCUCAGAGCCGGCGCUCAGAGCUAGCGCUCAGAGCUGGUGCUCAGUGCCGGCGCUCGGAGCCGGCGCUCACAGCCGGCGCUCAGAGCCGGCGCUCACAGCCGGCGCUCAGAGCCGGCGCUCAAAGCGUCGCUCAAAGACGAGCGGUCAAUCCAGCGGCCAGGCGAGCGGCCAGGAGAGUGGCAAGGCGAGCGGCCAGGCGAGCGGCCAGGCGAGUGGCAUGGCGAGCGGGCAGGCGAGCGGUCAGGCGAGCGGACAGGCGAGCGGCCAGGCGAGCGGACAGGCGAGCGGCAAGGCCAGUGACCGGGCAGGCCGGCGCACAAAGCCGGCGUUCAGGCCGACGCACAAAGCCGGCGUUCAGGGUCAGCGCUCAGAGCCGGCGCUCAGAGCCUGCGCUCAGAGCCUCCGCUCAAAUCCAGUGCUCAAAGCCGGCGCUCAAAGCUUAACGGCCAGCGGAGCGGCAAUGCGAGCGGCCAGACGAGCCGCCAGGCGAGCGGCCAGGCGAGCGGCCAGACGAGCGGCCAGGCGAGCGGUAAGGCGAGCGGCCAGGCAAGCGGCCAGACAAGCGGCCAGGCGAGCGGCGAGGCGAGCAGCCAGUCAUGCGGCCAGGCGAGCGGCCAGGCAAGCAGCCAGGCGAGCAGCAAUGCGUGCGGCCAGGCGAGCGGCAAGGCGAGCCGGCGCUCAGAGCCAGCGGUUAGAGCCUGCGCUCGGAGCCUGCGCUCACAGCCGGCGCUCCCAGCCGGCAUCUCAGAGCCGGCGCUCGGAGCCGGCGCUCAGAGCCAACCGGCCAGGAGAGCGGCCAUGCAAGCGGCCAGGCGCGUGGCCAGGCGAGUUUGCACUCAAAACUGGCGCUCAAAGCCGGCGCUCAAAGCCGAGCGGCCAGCCGAGCGGCCAGGCGAGCGCCUAG